AUCGACGUGGUUUGUCAUUCACUAUUAACUAUUUACUACUUGCUACUUGCCAUUUAAAAGACCAUCAGUAGUUUCGUUAAAUGAAAAAUAUCUAAGACCAGGUGAAUUUUUUAAAAUAAUAUCAAGAUUUUGUUAUAAUUAACGCGACUUAAUUCCACCACGUGACCUUCAGAUUCAACGCAAUCAUCACAUGCCGAAAAUCAACAAGUGAAGAAUCAAAUAAUAUGGAGUACAUAAUUUAAAAAAAAAAAAAUAGACUAUUGGUCAAUUAUAGAAACUGAAGUGACAUUUAGAGGAAUACGUGUAAGGAAAAAAAUGUCACAACUCUAGAGUACAGAGGCCGUUAAAUCAACAGGUUUGUGUGUACGGGCCGUAAAAAGGCGCCGGACAAACUUCUGCAUUAUAUUCUGCCAGUACUUUGCUAUUCUAUAUAUAAAAUAAUAAUAAUAAUAGUAAUAAUAGAUCUACGAACAUAAAGGAUCUGAAAGCCAGAGAGGAAGAAAAUUGAGAAAAAUAUAUAAAAAAGUUUUAAAUAAUAAUAAAAGAAUAGAGAAAGAAAUCUAAAAUAGUGCAGGGCAGAAAAGCGUGCAGUUUACAAACCAUAGAAAAUUCAUUUCACAGAAACCUGUGUGCCCUUGGAGACUUUAAUAGAGGUUGUGCUGACUACAAAGACUACGGGAUAUAUAAAAUUUCAGUCUAGCCGAGUCUAGUUUCAGGAUCAAAGGAAAGGAAAAAUUUUAAAAAUAAAAUAUACGAGUCGUAAUUAAGGAAAAAAAAAAAUGUGCCAGUAAAAGCUGCUUAGUAGUAGAAGUAAAUUAAAAAUUGAAAAUAAAAUGCUAACUUGUGUAUAUUCUGCUGAAAGCUUCAAAACGAAAGCUGUUACGGUUAAAUUACGGCAGGCGGGCGGGAAAGUUAAAAAAAAAGCUAAAUUAUUAGCGAUAAAAGAACGUCCGGGGGUCGCUAAACCUGACCCGACCGUAAACGCCAAUCAUGGGUUACCAGUGGGCGGAGGUGGGGCCGUGCUGGUGCUCAGCGAACUCGAGAGUAUGGCAUCAAGACAGCAGCGGGAGAUCGCCCAACAGAGACGUCUCCUCGAGCAACGCGAGGCUCGGCUGGCUGUGCUUCGAGGCGCUCAGGAACCGGCACAGCAGGAAAGACUUGCAAGACUGAGACAUCGACUUGAUCAGCAACAAAGUAAACUUAAUAGGCUAAGGUUACUGAGAUCACAAACAGAUCAGUCACGAGCUAACAAUGCAACCCUGACCUCCGACCUAGACUGUAUAAGAGCCCUGUUCAAUGAAAAGGAAAAAGAAUUGUCGUUGGCUGUUGCAAAGGUUGAGGAGCUGACACGACAACUCGAGGAGUUGCGUGGUCGACACAACGGAAAUGCUGCUGGAAGUGGUGUCAGUGGCCAAGUGCCGUCUACAGCCAGUGCUGAGCUCGAGAAACUUCGUCGUGAGCUUAUGUUCCGUAAUAAAAUGAACGAGCAGCAAAACCAAGUGGUGUCGCAGCAAAGGUUGGUCCUGGCGCAGCGUCAAGCAGAAAUGGUAUCAAUUGACGCAAGAAUAGCACAGCUGCAGGGUAGACUCCAACGUAAGCGGGCGUUAAAUCAACGUCUGCUUACCCAACAACAAAUAGCAAAUAAUCGUCAUCAAAUUACCUCUGCGUCAACAAUAACAACAAGUUCUACAAGUACAACAAUGACUCCCUGUCUCACUGAUCAGCUAAACAAACAUCAUCAAGACUUUACAUCAUCAACUACCAAUAAUAACAACAAUAAUAAUAAUAACAACAAUAAUACUACUACUAAUAAUAAUAACAACAACAACAAACUGAGACCAGCGGGAAAUGUCGCAGCUAUUGAACCCUACAGUCAUAUACCCAACAACGAUAACAAUGAGAAUAAUUUUAAUAUAAAUAAAAAUGACCCCAAGUAUCAAACGCUGCCGUACAACACUAAAUUCACCGUCAAUCUAAAACCUAUUGACGAUGAUGUCAAUAAAAAUAAUAGUAAUAAAAUUCAGCAUAGUCAGAGCGCCUCGCAAAUUGGACAACGUGCAACUUUACAGCAGUUAGAGCAGCAAAUUGCACACAGUCAAUCACAGUCACACAUUCAAGGUCAAUCACAACUUCUAGGAAUAAAUCAGCCUUCAGUACAACCCCAACAAUUACCACAGCAGCAACAGCCACAGCACACAAGUCCUCAAACUUUUCCAACGCAGUCUGGAAACUUUAUAGUGCACUCGACUAAUAACAAUAGCAACAACAAUAAUAAUAACAACAACAUCACAACAACAGCCGGCAGUAACAUAAAUGUCAAUAGCGUUAACAAUAACAAUCUUAUAAACAAUCAAAGCAGCAAUAUCGAGAAUCAAAAUCAAGGACCAAACCGGGUUACGCAGCCCCAGAUUAGCAGUCAUGUCAAGCCAGGCCCGACAAUAUCAGCGUCAAUCAAUCAGGAUAAAUCAUCCAUAACUCAAUCACAUAAUCACCGUAAUUUACAGACCCACGCAAAGCCAGUGUCAAGCGUAGCGCCUAGUUUUCCCGUUAAAUCUCCAAUAUAUCAGACAUCCUCGACUAAAAUUCAUCCGGUGAUGCCGCAGACACUAAGUCUGAUCGGUCGUGGUCAUCCCGGACCGCAGCAGAUGCAGAGUUAUGCCGAGCGAUCGAAUAUCCAGAAUUCAAAUUCGCAAGCACAGACUCAGACUCAGCAGCAACAGCAGCACCCGGUGACCACAGGAGUUGAAGCCACGACAGUCACCACAACAACUUAUCCGCGACACAAUUUCACCCAAGGGCACAACGUUACGAAUUACAAAAAUCCUUUAAAUAAUUUCCCACAAGCAUCGCUGAGUAAUUUGGGGAACGCAAACUUCCCUGGCUAUCCCGCACCACUGAGUUACAAUCAAACGACGAAUGUUAACACGUCUUCAGCAACAACGGCCUCCGACGCUGUCGUUAACGACAUUAAUAGACUGAAGUUUGACAAUAAUAACAAAAAAUUAGGAAUUAAUGUUAGUGAAGAGCAGAUUAGAUACGAGUUAGGGCAAAACAAACACGAAAAUGGAUCAAUACAACAGCAACAGCAGCAACAACAACUGCAAAUGACUCAUCAGUACAACAAACACGAAGGACACGAUAAUUUAAUAAAUAGGACGACAAAAUACGAGCACAACUCACAGUACAAACAUGAUUCCCAGCACAAAUACGAGCCAGCCUCAAAUUUCCAACAGUUUAAGCAGCAGCAGCAAGAGUUGAAUAAAUAUCCUGAGGUUCCGAUGACUAAAGAGCACACGACAACCACCGCGGCGGCGACCACCACGACGACGACGCAUAAGUACGAGCCUAGUGUUCCAGUGAAGCAUGACCAUACGACGAAAUUGGAACCACCGGCAAAGCCGGACAAGUUGUACGAGUACGAAAGAAAUAAGGCGUCGGUGGGAGUAGGGGUUGGAGGGGGAGCCGUCGUAACGGAGAGUGACAGGAAAACGGUAAACUUUAUCGAGAGUAAAUCCGAGGACAAGAUGAAACCGGCGCUACCGCCUAAACCCAUUAAACCUAAUCCACCGCCUAGGUUGAACAGUCAGGAUAAGCCUGAAGUUGUUGAUACGAUAGUCCCCGAGGGAGUUAAGUCACCCGUUCUACUCAGUAGGAGUGACAAAGAAGAAGAAAUCCCGCCGAUACCAACAAGCGAACCACCACCAGAUUCACCAAAUGAAGUUCCAGUGAUCGGUAAUCACCAGAUAAUAAAAGCGCGUCCAUUGACACUAAAAAAAGUACUACUGUCAGAGCAGCCUAGACUCCGUUAUUCAAAAUCAAACGUCCAUGUGUCAAUAAACCGACGAAUUGAAAUGCCACCGGCAUUUUUAUUUCCCGAAACUGAGAUACCAGCAGAUCUUAUGCAAACAGAACAGCAGCAGCAAUCGUUAGUAUCCAGUGACGUUAUUGAUCACAGUACUUUGAAAAUACCCUCAGCAAUAGAUGAUGAAGUGCCAUGUAAUGAGAAACUCGAGGACUCGGAUAUUGUUGAAGCCUUGAAUGUAAUUAAUAUUGAAGAUAAAUUGAAGAAAGACGCCGCUGCUCAAGAACGUAAGCCGGAAGUUGAUACCGACUCAAAUGCUAAAACUGAGGUGAUAAGACGCAAGAAAGGAAAUCUUAAAUCAACGACGGGCAAAGCUAAUCUGUCAAGGAGGGUAUCCUUUGAUCCUCUGGCGCUUUUAUUGGACGCCAGUCUCGAAGGAGAGUUGGAGUUGGUUAAAAAAACAGCUAAAGAAGUUCCUAAUCCCAGCUCGGCUAACGACGAAGGCAUCACCGCGUUGCACAACGCCAUUUGUGCAGGUCAUUUGGAUAUUGUCAAGUUUCUGGUCGAGUUUGGCUGCGAUGUCAAUGCCCAGGAUAGUGACGGAUGGACGCCGUUACACUGCGCUGCAAGCUGUAAUAAUCUCGCGAUGGUGAGAUUUCUUGUUGAACACGGUGCCUGUAUUUUUGCCACAACGCUGUCGGACCACGAAACCGCUGCCGAGAAGUGCGAAGAGGACGAAGAAGGUUUUGACGGCUGUUCUGAGUAUUUGUACAGUGUUCAAGAAAAGCUGGGCAUUAUGAACAAUGGACAAGUUUAUGCGGUAUUCGAGUACGAUGCGCAGCACAAUGAUGAACUGUCGUUGAAAAACGGGGAUCAGUUAGAAAUAAUAAGGAAAGGAGACGAUAAUGAACGUGAAUGGUGGUGGAGUAGACUGGGACAUCGCGAAGGAUAUGUACCACGUAAUUUAUUAGGGCUGUUCCCGAGAGUACUACCGAAUAAACCCGAAUAACAAAAGGAGAAAUUGGAGGCCGAGGAGUUAGACGAAGAUAUGAUAGAAAUUUUCGUAUGAAAAAAGAAAUAUAUAUAUUUAUAUAUAUUAAAGAUAAAAACAUUUAUCACCACAGUAUUCAAUUUGCAGCUUUAUGUUUUUAGAUAUUUGUAAUAGUGUACUUUAAUGUUGCAAAUUAUUAAUUAUUAUUAUUUAAUAGUGCGCUCUGAUUAAGAUUUAAAUUUUACAAUUAUAAAUAUAUAUUUAUAUACAUACACAUGUAUAUAUUUAUAUAUAUAUUUUUUUUAUCAUUCAGUACUUAAAUAUUGUUAAGUAUUUUAGAACUUUUUUUAAAUUUUUAAACGCCGGUUUCAUUUGCCGCCUUUUUUUUAAAUUUUAAAUAUGAUCUAUUUGUUUCACCUAAAUGACAUUUGUUUAGUUGAA